AGCCUGCCUCUACCUUGGCGCACAUGCAUGCACGAAGGCACAGACACAGACCCUGACAUACACAAACACACACACACGUACACGGCGGUCCAUCGCUCCGGUCCUCCACUCCGCUGCCUUCACAUGCGUCCCCAACGACUAGCGACGCGUAGCGCCGGCUGCGCCAAGAUGAGCGGUGGCCCCGGUAGCAUCUAAACGUCUCGCCGCCUGACUGACCCAGAGUCGGAGAGAGAGAGAGAGACCAUCUUUCCUCUCUCACAACCCAUCUUCCCUUCGCCAGGAAGAGACCGCAGCGCCAGCCGUUUCUUUCGGCAUCUUUUCUUUUUUUUCCACCACCCCUCCUCCUCCCGUUCUUGCUGCAUCCCUCCGUUGCUGUCGGUCUCCCGGUUUGAAGGAGAAACCGGAGAGAGCCCGGUCGUGGUAUUGUGGAAAUACAUUUUUACAUUUUUUUCCUGCUGGGUGUUGGUAGCGCGCAGUUGGUGCGCGCCUUUGCAAAUUCCGGUGAAUGGUGGAUUUGGCAAACAUGGAGACCGUGGAGAAGGAAUGCGGGGCCCUCGGGGGUCUAUUCCAGGCGAUUGUCAACGACAUGAAGUGCUCCUAUCCUGUGUGGGAGGACUUCAGUGCCAAGGCCACUAAGCUGCAUUCCCAGCUCCGAACCACUGUUCUGGCUGCUGUGGCUUUCCUGGAUGCCUUUCAGAAGGUGGCAGACAUGGCCACCAACACCAGAGGGGCAACCAGAGAUAUCGGUUCAGCUCUGACCAGGAUGUGCAUGAGGCAUCGCAGCAUUGAGGCCAAACUUCGCCAGUUCACCAAUGCUCUGAUGGAGAGUCUGAUCACUCCUCUCCAGGACAAGAUUGAGGACUGGAAGAAGACAGCCAACCAGCUGGAUAAGGAUCAUGCCAAAGAGUACAAGAGGUCACGGCAUGAGAUCAAGAAGAAGUCAUCUGACACCAUGAAACUACAGAAGAAGGCUCGUAAAGAGAUGCAGGGGCGAGGCGACCUGCAGCCUCAGCUGGACAGUGCCAUGCAGGAUGUGACUGACAUGUGCCUGUUGAUGGAGGAGACAGAAAAGCAGGCAGUGCGCCGGGCCCUCGUGGAGGAACGGGGUCGCUUCUGCACCUUCAUCGGCUUCCUUCAGCCUGUCGUGAAUGGAGAGAUCGCCAUGCUGGGAGAGAUCACCCACCUCCAGGCCAUCAUCGAUGACCUCACUGUGCUGACAACCGAUCCUCACAAACUGCCCCCAGCUAGUGAACAGGUGAUCAAGGAUCUGAAGGGCUCAGAUUACAGCUGGUCCUACCAGACCCCUCCUUCAUCUCCAAGCAGCUCUGGCUCCCGCAAGAGCAGCAUGUGCAGCAGCGUCAACAGCGCCCACAGUAGUGCCUCCCGUUCGUCAGGGGGAGGCGGUAGUGCUGGUAUUGGUGGCGGUGGUGGAGGCUCUCAGCCCCACUCACCCACCUCAUCCUCCUCCUCCUCCUUACGCUACCGCAGCAGCCUGCCGCACCAGCCUCCGCCACCGGGGGGCAUCACUGCCCACCGCCUCAGCAGCGUCUCCUCCCAUGACUCAGGCUUCGUGUCCCAGGAUGCAAACAUCUAUUCCAAGCCCCCCUCGCCCAUGCCCUCAGACAUCACUAGCCAGAAGUCAUCCAGCUCAGCAUCAUCAGAGGCCUCAGAAACAUGCCAGUCAGUCAGUGAAUGCAGCUCCCCCACCACUUUUGGCACGUCCUUCGCUACCUUCCGCCCCGCUCUCUCUCACUCUGGCUCCACCAGGCCUCUCUCUGUCAUUCUUCCUGUUCCUGCGUCCCCACCCUAUACCCGCCCCCCUGGAUCCAGCUCCUCCUCUCCCACAUCAAAGGUUCCUAUCUGGAAGGAUUGGUCCAAAGCAGGUCAGUAUGAACAGCCAGUGGCUGUGGCUGCAGUUCAGAGGAGAAAGGAACCUCUUGAUAGACUGAGGGAGAACGAGGCGUCACCAGGCUCCCAGGGAUACGCCGGGCCGUCACACCUUGAUGACACACAGAGAUCCAGGAUGACCCCGGCUACCAUUGCUGCCAAGCACGGCGAGGAGGUUUCUCCAGCAGCCAGUGACCUGGCCAUGGUGCUGACCAGAGGGCUGAGUAUGGAGCAGCAGAAAAGCAGCAGAGACUCCCUGCAGUACUCCAGCGGCUACAGCACAGAGACCACAACCCCAUCCUGCUCUGAGGACACAAUUCCUUCACAAGGUUCAGAUUAUGACUGCUACUCAGUGAAUGGGGAUGCAGAAGGUCCCGAUGGACAGACAGAGUUCGACAAGUCCUCCACCAUUCCUCGCCACUCUAACAUCGCUCAGAACUACCGACGCAUGAUCCAGACCAAGAGGCCAGCCAGCACGGCCGGGCUACCCAGUGGGGUUCUUGGUCCUGGGGUUCAUGGGAUACCAGGACAACCUGGUGGAGCAGGUGGCGGUGGAGCAGGUACUCCAGGCACUGCCACCAUCCGCCGAACCCCGUCUACCAAACCAGGCGUGAGGCGCACACUGUCCAAUGCGGGGCCCAUCCCCAUUCGACCACCCAUUGUGCCUGUCAAGACCCCCACUGUUCCAGGAGACUCACAUUCACCUGGCGCUGGUGGGGGUGGGUAUGCAGGUGGAGGGCACGCGGGUGGCGUGCCUGUGCGUGUGGGCAGCGAAGAGUGUGUGUUCUUCACAGGAGUCGAGGAUGCACAGGGAGCGCUUGAUUAUGUGAAGGCGUCACCAAAGCGUCUCAGCCUGCCUAACACUGCCUGGGGAUCAGGGGCAGCAUUAGAGGUCUACGCCCAGCAGCAUGGGGGCCUUGCAAUGGGAACGGGCUUAGGGGCUGGAUCAGAGGAGGAUCAGAUGAUUGCGGCCAAUCGGCACAGUCUAGUGGAGAAGAUCGGCGAGUUGGUAGCCAGUGCACACGCCCUUGGAGAGGGGCAGUUUCCUUUCCCCGCCCUCCCCGAUGACCCAGCACUGCCACCAACUGGCCCCAGCGACAGUCAGACAGGGACAGAAGGGGCAGAAGGGUCCGGUGACAUGUUGACCACCAUUAGGAGAGGAGUCCGCCUUCGCAAGACCGUCUCCAAUGACCGAUCAGCACCGCGUAUCUUGUGAUUGGAGGAGAAGCAGGAAGAGGAUGAUACUUGUCAGCCAGUAGGGAAUCAGGUGUUGGUGUGGUGCAACCCAACCGCCUAGUACAUACACAAGAACAUAACCAUGUAGGGAAAGCUAUAAUAUAACAGAAGAUGAAUAAAAACAAAAACAUACACAAAAAAGUUUAAAGACGUCAGAGUAAAUGAUAUAUAAUAUAAUGAUAAUAAUAACAUUAAUAAUGUUAACCCAUGCUGACAAUUAAAAGUUAAAUACUGAAUAUUGACAGGCUCCUAGCUGGCCACUAUAACUAGUGUGUGUUGGACGCAUGUUUGUCUUCUCUACACCUUCACCCAGGGACGGAAAGACUUGCAGGAAAAACAUACGAUUAAAAAAAGGCAAAGAAAGAGAGAAAGACUGGGUUCUGUUUGCCGACUUACACCCUUCCCCAUCCUCUUCUCCAACUAACCGACUGUCUCAUCCCAGAUGAAAGACUGAUGACUGAAGGAGGGGGCCAGUGGGGGCAGGAGAGAGGGGGGUCAGAGUGCCAUGUGAACAGCUGGAUUUGAACCCAGGCUGUCUCAGCAGCAACAUACUGUACUUAUUAGCCCACUGAACUGAAGCUUUGGUAUUAGCACGGGGAGCUAACAAGCCAGAGGGCUCCUCUGGUUCAUCCUAAUGUAAAAGAGUCUUUAAAAAAAUACUGUUGGCAUUGAACCGUGCUAGUGCCCCCUUCCCCUCUCUCUCUCUGUGUGUGUGUAGUGUGUGAGUGUGCGUGCAUUCAUGUGUAUGCAUGUGGGCAAAUGUGAAAUGUGAGUGUGUGUGCACAUGUGAUUGAUUGUGUAUGUGUGUGCGAGGGGGGUGGGUAGAGCUCUGCUGCAGGACAGCUGGUUACCCAAUGAGGGCAGGGCUUUUCUCCUGUGUGUUGUGCGUGUACUUUCUUGUUUAUAUCGUGACGUCAUUUACCUUGUUACCACUGUACGAGAAGUUAUGAAAAGUAAUCCAGGCGUAUAGAUAUAUUCAUAUAUAUUUUCUAGAACCAGAGAGAAAAUGUUAAAUCAGAAAUGGAGCAAUAAAUGUGUUUUAUUUUCUUGUUUCCAAGAAGAGGAUCGAUGGAGGAUUGUAGGUUCUCCUUUGUCACAUUCAGGCAAUCAUCAGGAAUGCUAAAUUACACAUUGACUGUGAAUUCCUUUUUGGCGUGUCUCUCUCCCUGUCCCUGUCUCUUUCUGGUGGAGGAAAUGGAUUACAAAAUUGUUGAAAAAAAAAAGAACUGUAAGCACUUUGAUAAGUGGUAGAGUAUGUACAAUAGCCACUAGGUGUUGCUGUAGUCAUACUGUAUGAUAGGGAGAGUGAAAGUGAGAGAGAUAGUUGCCAGUAAGACUGCGUCCUGAGGAAAUUAUUUAAUUUGUAGAAGAAGAAGAAGAAGAAGAAGUAGAAGAAGAAGAGAGAAAGGGACAAAGAGGAAGUGAUAUAGACUGGUAGAAUCGGAGUGAUUGGUCAAAUGAGAGAUGGAAUAAGAAAGUAGAGCAAAAUACUGAUCUAAAAAUGGAUUGGACGUCAGUGCUCUUCAGGGUUCUACAGCGCCAUCGCCUGCUGUGGAUUGUGAAUGGCGCUGAAGCUUUUUAUGAUGGGUGCACUGGUAUCUGAAGGACUGAACACAUAAUGCAAAAAAUACAGAAAUAGGUAAGACUACUUUUGCAUAUAGGCUAUAAAGGGUUGGUUCACCCAAAUGGCAAAUAAACAUAUUUUCUCACGAGUCAUGCAAAUUGUUUAUUGGCUCAGGUUAAGAUAUCUGCCUAUCUGUCUCAAUUAGACUACAUUCUACCACGAUAAGCACAUUUGAUUGAUUAUCAAGAGCAACAGGUUAGCAAGGCAACAUAUUGUGAUUUUCUUGUGUGUAAAUUAAGUUUUAGUUAAACUGAAAACCACCUUCACAACACUGAUCUAGCAGUUGCAGGUUUAAACACAAAAAUCUAGGCAGUGCUUUUGAGAACUGACAAAAAAAUAUCAUAGUACAAUAUUUUCUUUUACCCCUAUAACAAGGAAACUGUUUCAGAAGAAUAUUUUUAAUUAUUUUUUUUUUCAAUACUGUGAAAACAAAUAAAAUAAUAUGUAUAUUAUGCAAUUUGUAAUAUGUUAUGUGGGUUCAACGACACACAAACAUAGAUCAACAGUGGACUUGAAAUGUACUUGCACAUGCAGAUUAUGUUCAUUGGAUAUACAUUUGAGCGCACUCAUUGAAUGCUGUGGGACUGUAUUUCCAAAAUGUUGUAAAUUACACAGUAAUAUCCACUCAUGUUCAAGUGCAAAUACAUAUCAGCACAAAGGCUUAUUUGCAAAUAUAUUCUUACCUAUAAAUACUGUAUAAUUUUGCAUUAUGAGACAGAAAAGUUUAGCCUUAUACAAAGCUGAACAACAGUUUUUUGUCCCAGAUUUGCCUGUAGUUAAAACCUUGCUAUCUAAACUAAAGUGGCUACCCCAGUACCGUUCAGCUCAGUUCAGUGCAUCAACCCAGUUCAGCUCAGGACACGGCUGUAUGAAAGGAUUAUUUAUGGACAUUAAGAUGUGAGAAAAGGUGAAGCCUGUUUGAUGCGCUUGCUGAUGGCAAAGAAGCAGAAGGGUGUAAAUUAGACUUUUUAUGCUGACAGAGAGAGGAAAAUAUGUGUGGAAUGAGCAUUUCACUGCCUGUUCAAACAAUAUUUACUCCAUGUGCUGUACCUGUAAAUGAGAAUCCGGCGCACAGAUUUGGUAUAAAGGUUUGUUAGAAAAUAUUACAUGGAAUAUUCCGUUUUUUGUUUUUGUUUUUCAUUCUGCAGUACUGUUUGAAUAUUUAGUCUUACUUUUAAUUAAUGUAAAAAGAAGAAAAAAAUCCAGUUGUAACACUAAGCUGUGUAACAUAUGGAUGUAGGAUGUGUGGGCCGAGAGUGAGUGUGUCCUUGUUUGGCUGUUGAAGUAUAGGCUAGUGAAAUCUUCAUCAUCAUGUCUGUACGCUCUUCUAGCAGUGACCUGAACAUAGCCGGUGAUAUCAGCGCUCUUACAUGCUCUUUUUUUUCCCUUCUGAACAGAGCACUGUUUUAACCAUGUUUGUGGCUGUUUGAAAAGAAAACGAUGAUGAUUUAAUUUAAAGAGGUAGAGAGGAGAAUGUUUGCAAUUUUUAAACAUGGUCACCCUCUGCAAGCACACUUUUUUUUGUUAAACUUUGAAGGAGUGCUUCAAAUUUUUUUUUAAUUUGUCUGGGGGGGAACUACUGUAUGUAUGUGUGUUGUCACAUGUGGAUGCUGUGUGUUGUAUCAGCUGAAUCUGACUGGGUGAGAGGGUGGAAGGGGAGAGCAGCGGGCUUGGACUCCAUCCCCCCCC